AUGUCUGCGAAACACGACUUCAUCUCUAAUGUUUCUCCAAGAAAACAAUCGUGGACAUUGGUUGUGAGGGUUGUUCGUGCUUGGUUUGGUCAAGACCACAAAAAUAAAAAACUACCAUUUUCCAUGGAGUUGGUUCUAAUGGAUCGAAAGGGUGAUCAAAUUGGUGCGUCUAUACGAAGAACAUUGAUCUACAAGUUCAAGGAGCAACUCCAAGAGGGAAUGGUGUUCACGAUUUCCUCAUUUGAUGUUGAUAGCAACAGUGGUUCGUAUCGACCAUCACGCAACGAAUACAAACUGAAUUUCACAAUCAACACAAAAGUCAAACUAUCUAAAACUGUUUUGGUCCCAACAAACGUGUAUUCGUUUACACCUGCACCUGAUGUUUUCAAUGAAUCUUACGACAACAACUACUUAGUUGAUGUAAUUGGAGUCAUGAUUGGAGUUGGAGUUGAAAGAGAGUACGAAAGAGAUGGUGUAAAAACUAAAAUGAAUGUCAUGACUUGGAUUCAAAUUGGUAGGUACCGUUUUAAAUGUACUCUUUUUGGAGAGUAUGUUGAAGAGCUGAACUCUUUCCUAUCGUCCGAUGAAUCUCAAAAUGUUGUUGUAGCCAUUAUGUUGACAAAAGUUAAACUGUUUCAAGGAAAAUCAGCAUUGCAAAAUGCAUUUUCUUCCACUAGAAUCACAUUCAAUCCUGAAAUUGGUGAAACAAAGACUGAUACUACUUCUACUCCAGAUAUUGACAUCCCUCUUGUGCCCUCGGCUGCCCAACAACUUCCUGCAAUUGUUGAUCCUGAUCCCCCGUCUUCUCCUCCUCGUUAUCCAUCCCGUCAUCGUAAGUCUACUCAAUUUCCUGAUUUUGUCUAUUCCACAUACUCUGCUUCUUUUGCUUCUUUUCUAACCUCUAUUUAUAGUUUAUCUAUGCCCUCUUCCUAUAAAGAGGCUAUACUUGACCCUCUUUGGCAGCAGGCUAUGAAUGAAGAACUUUCUGCUUUGCACAAGACAGAUACAUGGGAAUUAGUACAUCUUCCUUCUGAAAAAUGUCUCGUUGGGUAUACAAAAUCAAAACUAAGUCUGAUGGGUCGGUUGAGCGCUACAAAGCACGCCUUGUUGCUAAAGGAUUUUCUCAACAAUAUGGUAUAG